ACUACCAAACUACUGAAGCGUUUUCAGGGCAGAUCUCCUUGCAAUCAUAGAAGCUGACGAAUGGUUGCUCAAAUCUACGGCAGAAGGACGAUCGGUUACAAAUAUACUUCGACAGUCAAGCUGACCUGAUUUGCAAUGUAAUGGAACCACGUCGAAAAUGGCCAUAAAAUGUAAUGGUAUGGGUACCUGGACACAGUGACAUUCCAGGCAAUCGCAUGGCAGACGAAUUAGCGAGGGAAGGAUCCCUUCUACACACAAUAAAACAUGCACACGAUUCUGACACACUUAGACCGAUUAGCCAUUAACGUAACAACAGGCAUAUCAACGGACCAUUGUUUAAUGGGCCUUCACGGGAAAAUAUUGGCUUAUCCGUAUAAUGAUUUUUGCCGGGACGAAGAAGAGGAGCACAAUCUGCUGCACUGCCCAGCCCUCACAUCUACGAGACACAAUUUACUCAGAAACUGCCUCACUGAGUUAGCCCCUCCGGAAAUUGAUAACCUGGCUGCCUUCAUAAGGCACACGAAAUGGUACGAUCAUUUACACCUUUGGCUUGACAAUAAUAAGCAACAAGUAACCCGCGGUCGGUCUGCGUAAACCCACAAAUGCCAGCGAAACGUUUGAUCCCUCCUGAGUCUCUAGCAGUCACAUGCGACAGCCUGAACUUCUUCACUCAGCAUAUGACUGCAAUAACCACAAAACUCCAGAGCCGCAACAAAAUCCUCAAAGCGUUAGCCGGCAGCAUUUGGGAAAAGAUAAAUAUUCUGUACCGAUCUGGGCGCCAGGGACUAGCGAGACGCAAUUGAAGAAACUACAAUCCUGCCAAACCCUGCACUAAGAACAGUGACACAAAACCUUCUGAUGGUGCCAGAGAAAAAAGGAACAUCAUACCAACAAGCUUCAAACACCAUUCACCGAGAAUCAGAAUCGGUGCUCUCGGAAUUCAGCUACGCCUAUUGCAGACGAAGAGCUCGAGCUGACUCGAGAGACCCGAGCAAUAUUUAUUAUUUUUGUUCGGCAUUUAUCCCAAACUUACGGUAUGUGACGGAAGUGACUUGUGAGUAAUGUCCUCGUUGUUUAUUGGAAUGGAAUAUUGAAUCUGAUAAGCAUAAAUUAAAUUAUGUUCAUCCGACUAUUUGGCUACGGCGAACUAAACAUUAUUCCGAAACCCAAAGAAAUACAUUUUGUAACGAGCUCGAAAGAAAAAGACUACGGAAAUAGAUGGUUCUCGGUUAAAACAAUGGAAUUUGGAUGCUGAUGAUUUUAACGUCUUCGCGAAAACGUUCCAGCGCACGUUAUAAUAAAUUGAAAAUAAUAUUAUGCAUUUACGGGACUAUUUUGAAGCAAUCAUUUAAAUUGGCAAAUUAUCGUCAUGAAUUGGAUGAAAGUGUUGACGUCGGAUCGCACGCAAAUGAAAAUGCUUCGCAACUUCAUUGAUGAGCAGCGCCAAGCUUUAUCUGCAUAUAAAAUCACAAGCAAACUUUGAGAAUUUUCAGUUAUAGUCAAUAUUACGAUUAAAACUCUUUCGCGAAAGCCAAAAUUCAAUAAAUUUUCAUGUAAUACAUGUGUGUAUAUACAUAAACUUACUUUGAUAUGCUGUCCUUGCGGCCAACGAUUCUGCUGUUCACUUUGAUUUUGCUUGUUGAAGUCGUAUUUGUCGCAGCUGAUGAUAUUAAUACAACACCUCCAUCUGAGGAAGAUGACAACUCGUCUUCGGAAGAAACUGUGGAAGAUUCAAACGAAUCCCGCCGGAAGCGAUCUUUAGAAACAAGCCUUGAGACAAAUAACAAAGGAGAGGAGGGAAAGAUGACGGGAAGAGCGGGUAUACCAGGCUUACCUGAUCCAGCAACAAUUCUAAAAAUCGCACAAAUUUUGCAAGCCUUGGGUGAGAAAAUUGUACCAAUUCUUGUUGAAGCAGUUGGAUUUGGAUAAUGGCUUUUAAAGCCGUUCCCUGUGAAUUUGUAAAUGGAUAAAUUGAUAAUUAAAUUAAAUUACUUUUA